CAAAUUCUGGAGCGUUUGUCAGUUUUUGAAAACACAUUUCAAAGCUUGCUAGCAGCAUUCUUUGAGUCUGCACUACUUCAGCCAACAUGAUAUUCUGUCCCGUCUUCGUCUUUCUGCUUCUGAGUUCAGCACUCGGGGAGGACACAGUGGCAGAAGACAUCGGUGCCCAUCAGCUGGAGCGUUUAGUGGAGCUGCUGACGUCAAAGGAGUGCAGAGACCUUCUGUUCGCCCUCUCUCACCCAGAGGACAACAUCUUCCAACACCUCCAGCGCCUCUCGCCGGAGAGAAAUCGACUGGAUCUCAAACCUCGAGCCAGGAGAGACACGUCUCCUGCUGCAGAUGGCGAGGCUCAGUGCCGGGCGGCCCUGACAGACUGGCUGCUGAGGUACGGCGAGCAGACGUACUACGACAGGCUCUCUCGCGCCUUGCAGCACAUCGGCAGGACGGACAUCGCCAUCGAAGUGGGGAAGAACAUCAACCAGGACAAAAUACUGAGCCUGAGGCGCUACGUUCAAGGCUAUCACGAACACGUCAAGUCUUUAAACUCCCCACCGGACUCCAAGAGCCAGCAGCAUGAAGGCAAGACGAGCGGAAAGAGAAGAGCGAGGGAUUUGUCUUGGCGUGACCUGGAUCUGAUUGUAGAGCGGGCUCCGGUCCCUCGGUACCAGAAGGGGCCUCUGGACGUCGCCCUGCCGCUGCUGUACGGCAUCCUGCUGGGUUUCGGCGGCACCUUGCUCGCAGGCGUCGCUGUGCUUCUCGUCUUCAUCCACGUCUCCUGAAGAAAACCGGCACAGAUGUUGCCUCCAGAUGUUGGCCAGCAGGUUAAACUCAUGGUCGGCAGCUUCUCGGGGCGGUCAGAGGCCGAACAAUAGACGGCUUUAAAAUGCUAAAUACGUCUUCUUCAUGGUGUCCUGCGUUCAUUACAUACACAACUGGCAUAAAAUGGAUCGUUUUGU